CACUCAGAGAUCAAAAAUGUUAAAACGUACCAAUACAGACACCACUACUGGUCAAAACCAUAGACAUACGUAGACCUUAGAAGGAUAAAGCUGUUUUGAUUUUUUUUCCACAAUACAUUUUUUUUACCUUCCUCCGCCCCCUUUGAGGUGGCCACGUGUAACGUUACAGAAACAGCUGGAGGAUUUAGACCUGACAUUUGACAAUACGUGCAAGUUGGCUAUCUGGGUAACGUUAACUUGUUGGAUGACCAAACUCGGUCAAUCACGUAUAACGUUCGCGUUGUAAACACCUCACCAACAACACAGAAACACUUGCAACUAUGACUGGUGGGUCGAACGCCAAGUGCGGCAUGUGGACAGGCUUCUGCACUCUACUCUCCGUGUUGCUUAUUCUUGAUGUCCAUGGUCGUCCGGCCAAUAUUUCUGUACUUAAGGAAAAAGUGCCUAACAGCAAAGAAGAAAAUGAGAUUCUUCCACCAGACCAUCUUAAUGGAGUGAAGAUGGAAAUGGAUGGACAUCUGAACAGAGAUUUCAAUAAGGAAGUGUUUCUUGGCAAGGAAAUCGAAGAGUUUGAGGAGGACUCAGAGCCCCGCAGGAACAGGGAAAAGCUGGUGGACAUUUUCCAAAAGGUGGAUUUGAACCAUGACAACAGUGUGAGUGCUAAGGAAAUGCAGCGGUGGAUCAUGGAGAAGACAGAGGAACAUUUCCAGGAGGCUGUGAGAGAGAACAAGCUCAGCUUUCGGGCUGUUGACCCUGAUGGAGAUGGGCAUGUGACGUGGGAUGAGUACCGUGUUAAGUUUCUGGCCAGCAAAGGCUUCAAUGAGAGAGAAGUGGCAGAGAAAGUAAAAAAUAAUGAAGAGCUCAAAGUGGAUGAGGAAACUCAGGAGGUUUUGGAGAGUCUGAAAGACCGCUGGUUCCAGGCAGAUAAUCCCCCAGCUGACCAACUGCUGAACGAGGAGGAGUUUCUAUCUUUCUUACACCCUGAACACAGCCGUGGCAUGCUCAAGUACAUGGUGAAGGAGAUUGUUCGUGACCUAGAUCAGGAUGGUGACAAAAAGCUUACCCUGUCUGAAUUCAUAUCGCUGCCCAUGGGGACGGUGGAAAACCAGCAGGCUCAGGACAUCGAUGACGACUGGGUCCGUGAGAGGAGAAAAGAAUUUCAAGAUGUCAUCGAUGGCAAUCACGACGGGAUUGUGACAAUGGAAGAACUGGAGGAGUACAUGGAUCCCAUGAAUGAGUACAACGCUCUGAAUGAGGCCAAGCAGAUGAUUGCCGUAGCUGAUGAAAAUCAAAACCACAAUCUGGAGUUAGAGGAGAUCCUCAAGUACAGCGAGUAUUUCACAGGAAGCAAGCUCAUGGACUAUGCCCGCAACGUUCACGAGGAGUUCUAAUUUUUCAUGUAUUCCGCUCAUCUCUGUUUGCCUAUCUGUCUGGAUGCAGUGGCCAAAUCCAGUGACAUUCUGUUUAUAUUGGUGUGAUAAAAGUGAUCCAUGGAAUGAUUGAGUGUUUAUUUGCAUUUAUUAAUUUAGCAGGUCACUUGUAUCCAAAGCAACUUGCAGUACAGUACUGUUUCCAUCAGUAUGUGAGUGCCCUAGGUAAACCACGACCUCAGUGUUGUCAGCAGCUUUUGCAGUAUUUGUGGUGUUGGUGUUGUUAAUUGUUGCAUUGUACAAUUAUGUGUACACUACCAUGCAAAAGUUUGUAAUCACCUGAGGAACUUUUUUUUUUUUUUUUUCAAUUCAAAUAACCCAACAUUUUUCAGAAAUAUAGCGCUAUGUAAAUGGAUAUUACAGCUGGAGAUGGCUGGGUUUUAAUAUGUACAUGGGAGUAGGCCCAUGUCCUGCCACCAUCACUGUGUUUUAAUGACAUAUGAUAUUAUAAGAUCAGCCUAAAUUAUCAUGUUUAGAAGAACCCUUUUCAUGUGGUUGAAAAUAAUUGUGCUGUUCCUUAAGAAAGCAAUAAAACGGAAUGGCUUUCAGCAAA